AUGGUAGAGGACACUCAGUGCUUUUCUCCUGCAAAGGGGAAUUCCUUGAUCAAGUGUCUUCAAGCAGAUUCAGGAAACAGUUUGAAUGUGUCAGAAGAGUCCCAGUUCCUCAGAAAGGCGUCUGGCCAAGAACCUGACCAAGUUGUGAAAUACAUGAGAGAAGCAACCCCCUAUGUGAAGAAAGGCUCCCCCGUGUCAGAGAUCGGGUGGGAGACGCCUCCCCCCGAAUCUCCACGCCUGGGCUGUGCCUCUGCUGACCCGAUGUCGCAGCUUUCGCUCUCCAUCCACAGAGACAGGAAGACAAUUCCCCUCAAGAUGUGCUACGUGACCCGCAACAUGACGGUGUCAGACCCCGAGAACAGAAUUAUUGAAGUUCAUUCACCUGAUGCCAAGCACACCGUGGUGCUCAGGAGUAAGGAUUCAGCUACAGCCCAGGCCUGGUUCAAUGCCAUCCACUCCAGUGUCAAUGAGCUCAUCCCCAGGGUGAUUGCAGAGGUCAGAGACCAGCUGGGUAAAACAGGGAUUGCUGGAAGUCGAGAAAUUAGGCAUCUAGGCUGGCUUGCAGAAAAGGUGCCAGGAGACAAUGAGAAGCACUGGAAGCCAGUGUUAGUAGUUUUGACAGAGAAAGACCUGUUAAUAUAUGAGAGCAUGCCACGGAUGAAGGAAGCCUGGUUCAGUCCUGUGCAUACCUACCCCCUGCUCGCCACCAGGUUGGUUCAUUCUGGGCCAGGAAAAGGCUCACCGAAGUCAGGGGUGGAUUUGUCUUUUGCAACCCGUACUGGUACAAGACAAGGGAUUGAAACUCAUCUGUUCAGGACUGAGACCAGUCGAGACCUCUCAUUGUGGACAAGGAGUGUAGUGCAGGGCUGCCACAAUUCUGCAGAGCUCAUCACAGAAAUCACCACAUCUUGCACAUACAAAAGCCAGGAGUGCCGCUUGACCAUCCAUUAUGAACAUGGAUUCUCCCUUACAACCGAACCACAAGAUGGUGCCUUCUCCAAGAUAAUUGCACAAUAUCCCUAUGAAAAACUGAAAAUGUCCUCAGAUGAUGGGAUAAGAAUGCUUUAUUUAGACUUUGGAGAAAAAGAUGGAGAAAUACAACUGGACCUUCAUUCCUGUCCAAAACCAAUUGUUUUCAUCAUUCAUUCCUUCCUGUCAGCAAAGAUCACAAGAUUGGGCUUGGUGGCAUAAGUGGGAUCCAUCUGUUUCUUCAAAGAGAGACAGGGUAACCACACUAAUCUGAAGUACAGUCAAGAGCAGCAACCUGUCCCAGCUGGCAGCAGACACCAGCCUGGGACUCAGGAUUGGGCAUUGAUCAUUUCUGCAGUCCUCCAAGGCCCAGGUUUCAUUUUGACCAGCUAAAGAGAUGGCAUGACAAGGAAGAUGGUGGAUUUCAUUGUAAAUAAUGGGAUUUUAAAAUCCCAUAUGAGACCGUAAAAGCGUGUAGUACCCUAUAUGUAAAAGUUUCAGAAUCAUAAAUUGUGCCUAUUUCAAUGUACUUGUCUAUACAAAGUAAAGGGCUAUGCAGGCAAGAGCACUUGUUGGUUGCGAUGCAAGCCAAGGUUGGUUGGGGAGAAAUCCUCUAAAGAUUGUCCCAUCACCUGAAAGGUCCUUUCAGUUAUAAUCCCUGCACCUCUGACAGAAGAUUUUUCUUUUGGAACACUGCCAGAACCUGUUGCAUGAAUACACAGCAGAGCCUGCAAAUACACACCUUAGAGUUGGACUCUGAAGCAAUCCAGCUGUGGUCAGGUAACAGCUGGAGGGCCCCUGCCUGGGGCAGUUUCACAUGAAGCAGUAACCAUGUCACCCACACUCCUCGUGAUGGAGCCAAAGCAGGACCAGCCACAGGGAUGGUAGUGAGAGGCUGUCAGGGGGCACAGGCAGUAGCCACAGUCCUUUGUUAAUGAACACAGGAUACAUUUUUAUAGUGACUUCCCAGAAUAGCUUAAGGAGCUUCAGCUAUUUGGGAGCCCCAGCUCAGGUAGAAGCUACCUGAAUCCAUUCUGAGGCAUGAUUGUGCUUCUACCAGCAUAGCUCUGUGGCAGUUUUCCAGUAGAAAGCCAUACCAACAUUCUGUCCUGCUGCCCCUACUGAGCCACCCCUUUUCUCAGACAAGGCUGGUUGUCUUGGUGGUCUUCAUAGAAGAACUAACAUAGGGAGGAAGGAAAACUUGAUUUUAUGAAUUUUUGAAAAAAAAUUAUUGAAGCAGCUCCACAACAGCUAGAAACAUAUGCCAGGGCAGGAAAAUGAGCUGCACCCCUUGACAUGGAACUGCUCCUGUGGGCAUGACUUGGCAAGACCAAUUUUCUUGCUGGGGAAAUACAAGAUGUUCAUCUCCAUGCCCACAGCUUACUGGUGACUGUAUUGCACCACAGCUUACUGCUGUGGCUCAAAACUUGAUUCACUGAGUUUCAGCCUUAUGCACAGCUACUUAAACCACAAAAAGCAGGCAGGAACACUGACCUUCAGCCCCAGAGAUGAUACACACAGCUUGCACCUGGAAGUAAUAAAAUGGCAUCAUGUGAUCUGCUGAGAAAAGGAAGAAGCAAAACAGGGAUGCCACUUAUGUUGUUCUUCCUUUGUAAAAAGAACAGCUUCACACAGGGGUCUACUUUUAGAGUUAUGCCCUAAAUUCACACUUUGAAGGACAGGAAGUAAUAUACAGUAAUGUAAAGGCAGUAAUAUAUUCAGUGUUGUUCACAAUAUAUUCAGUGGAUGUUCAGUUUUCAUAUUACAACAUUUCUUUUAUUCCUGAGAAAAGCACAUAGAUUUCAACUUUGCACCACUUGGCUGGCAAAGGGGAAAUUAAAACACAUUUUGGAUCCGUGUUGUUUUUAAGCUAAGGUUGAGAGUUAAGCGUAAGUCAUGCUGUCUAUUCACAGCAUAAGAAUAUGGUGAUUUCCACAGGUACCUUAAUCAUCAAAACCAAUUAAAAUAUCAGGAUGAUAGGCUGAAUUCAUAAAUACAGAAGACAAUCACUGAAGAACAGCUCAGUGUCCCACUGGAAGAGCAGCCCCAUUCCCAGCACCUCUCACCAGUCAAAGGCACACCAGGAAGGGAGCCACCCAGCUCUGCACUUUCAUUUUAUUGUCAUGGUACUUGCACUUAAAAAUUAAUUCCUCAUGUAAAUUAACAAGGUAGGGGGUAACAUGUUGUGUAACUUACCAGUAAUUUCCAGAUGGACUUUUUCUGACCACUGCCAUUCACACAACUUCUUGUGGCAGUAACUCGGGACUCCUUGAGCUUGGAAGCUUCUAGGAGAGAUGUGAGAAGCUGAGAGCAGUCGGUACGCAGGGGGACAGGACUCUGAGGAGGAGCUCAUGUCACCUUAUCAAGGAAACUGUUGUGUGAAAUCUUUAAAAACCAGUUCAGAACAUUUUUAUGGCUGUUCCAAAGUAUAACUUAAAAAUUUGGAGACAGGCUCCUAUAAAAGUUCCGGAGGUUGAAGUGAAAACUUUGAUUCUGGAGUGGGUAGGCUAAAUACAUAUGUAAACUAUACUGCACUAUUUCCUUAUUCCUUUUAACACUUACAGAUCACUGGAAUGCUACACCUAACAUGUAUGUGCAUUGUAAAUAUUACAAAUUCCUAUAUUAGUGCCAACAAUUAAAUGACAAAAUGUAAUCUAAGGUGCUCAGUACUAUAUGAAGUCUAAGUGAAUAACUAAGCAGUUUGCAAAGAAAAUUCAUAUUAUAUAUAUUUAUAAAAAAAAUAAUGAUAAUUACAGAUGCUAUUUCUUCAUUUUCAGAUUUUGGACUGAUUCAUAUUUGGAUGAGAUAGACAAAUGAAAUAUGAACCCUACUCCACAUUUAUAACAGUAUAGUGAAUAUUUAUAUUUUAGAGGAAAAGAAUAUAUUUAAUAAAGUCAUUUAUUGGAUUUUUGUGAGGUGAGCUUACUUUGUAUCCACACAAACUAUCUGGAAGGCUGUCUUUUGGUUUUGGGCUGGGAGAAAUACAUUUAAACUUCAGUGCUUCUGUUACAUGAGAGAACUGUUAAUUGCAUUGGUGGAAUGGCUUAAAAACUUUAAAAGAAAAACAAACCUGAAAUCCCACUGGGAUGUUUCAGGGCAGGUCAUUCAGACAUCUCUGCUGAAGUUGCAAUGCUUUCUUCUGUCACUUCUACUAGACUAGGUGGUAACACAAGACUUAGGAAAAAAAUUAAGAAAAAGCAAAAGCUUCUGCAUUCAAGGACUAAGGCCAACAUGUGCCUUUUUUCUCUUACAAAUGGUUAUGGGAAAAGAUUAUUUUUUUUUUUCUCCUUUGAUUUAAUGCUUAAUUUAGUGGCCCAAAAAGAAAAUCUAACUGUGGGAAUUUAAGUCUUUUCUUUCAGUCUGACCCAAGUUAUGACAGAACAGCCUCAUGGAAAGCCUAAAACAGGAUAUUCUAGAGUUCCACUCUUUUCACAAAAUAAUGGCUAUAAAUGGAAUGAUCUUAUCAGAAAAUUUGUAUAGCAGCUUCACCAUGAGAAAGAUUGGGACACAUAUUGGAGCAAAAAUGUUAUUGGAAAAAUGUGCUCUAAAGUGUUUGUUAAAAAAAAAAUAAAUAAAGCUGAUCUGAUUGUAUUCAGGGAA